UGUUCUUAAAGACAAACAAAUAUGUCAUAACAAAAGGAACAGGAUAAGGGGGAGAGAAAGCCCAUCUGUAACAAUAUCUAUGAAAUGCAAAAGAGGUAUACAAUUAUCCGAUCAACACACCGAUCGAUGUGAUGAUUAAAAUGUAUGCCCUUUGGCGUUCCUUAGUCAUUAUAUUUUGAUCGGAAUGUAUGCCUCUUUGGCGUUCCAUAGAUAUCAAGGUAAAGUAACUGGUAUAAAGCCGAAGGAAUGUAUCUUUGUUGUCAUACAUUUAUUAUGAAACUCUACUCAGUAAAAGUGUAGUUCAGAUCUUAAUUCUUUGCAAUUCUCUCUACUUCCCUUUCCAACCAUGGAUGAUGUGGUUAAAAAGUCAAACACUAGUACAGCAAGUCCUCCAUGGCCGAAGUUUUUGGUUGCAACUUUGACCCUACUCGGUGUGUUUCAAGGCCGGCCACUUCAAGUGACCAGACCAUGUAUUCUUUGUCGUAGGAAACCUCCGGGUGAUGACGUUAUGAGUUUCCACAUGGCAGUCGACACUGCUACUACUGACAUGGAAACUGGUGAAGGGAAAAAACCGGACACCGAGAGAGAUGACGUCACUGAUGGAGAAUCAAAAGAAGACGGCAACUGUGCCGUGUGCAGGAGUGUCCUAUGGAACGCCAACGGGGCAGCGAUAAACGAUUUCACUAAAGCUGUUCCAGAACGACUGAACAGUGCCCCGUGUGGCAUUCUGGCCAACCUUCCCAUCUUGAUGUUCCUUGUGUGUACCAUAGUCGCACUGUUCUGGUAUAUGAUCAAGUUCUGGGGUAUAUUCCGCUACAUCACACAUCUCCUGUCUGUCUUAUCAUAUGAAGCCAUACUACUCGAGGUUGCUCUGAUCUGCACUGUGUCAAACACCAUGCGGUAUAUCCACCGGGCCUCAGGGAAGAAAAACAGCUCUUGGUGGCAAGUGCUUCAUCAAGACUACAUUGCUAGGCGUCUGUUGAGUUUAACUGGUACACAGUUCCGUUUACCUGGUGUGCUGUUCCUAUUCUUUACCACCGUCUGGAUUCUGGCAAUUAAUGCUCUGCAUGUUCUGAACGGUAUUCAAAUUCUCAGUGCCGCGAUGGAUAACAAACAGAGUUACACUCCAACAACGGCCAGACGAGAGUUAGCUUUCACACUCUUUAAGCUUGUGGUGAUCAUUGGCACGUCGGUUGUUGGGCUUCCACUCUUCGCAUGCUUCUGGUACUAUGUCCUGGUCAUGCGCAUGGCUUUAACAGCAGAGUUUAACCUUGUCCUGGUGUUCAUCAAACGCUACGAAGGAAACCUUGCCCUGUGUAGGCGUCGCAUAGCAGAGAUAAACCACGAGUUUUGCCUGCUUAGGCGUGUGCUAACAUUCCUGAUGCCGUUCAUCAUGGCCUCAGCCGUGCUAGGAAUCACCGUCCAUAUCACAUGGAACUACGAAGUCUACAGCGGGACAAAGAUGUAUCUCGCCAAUGAAAAUUUAUUAAUCAACAUCGUUAUCUUUAAUGAGAAAUUCUUGGUGCUCAUUCUACCGUUACUUGCAGUCGGCGGCAUCAACAUCGACGACGUGUGGGUUCAGUUUAACUACGCCCUCUCGCGUCAGAGGAGCUGUCGCCAUGAGGCUUUUUGGGAUCGCCUUUUGGCCUUCUCGGCAGAGAUACACGAAGAAAGCAAAGGACAUAACUUUACGAUUAUUCUGUCGGCAAUCAGUGUGUUCCUCGGUCAGAAUAUUACAAACCAGAAACUAGACUACAGAGGAGAACUGCUCAUUUAAAUCAACUUAUAUAUUACUCAACAAAUAUUUUGGUCGACGUACUUGGUAACGAGUAACGAAGAGCUGUUGAUAGUAAAACACAUUAUGAGAAACGGUUCCUUCUUAAAGUUACGUAGAAUAGAAUGAGGUAGUUUCACACUAAAUUAAUAUUUGAAUCUAAGAGAGCACACACAUUUUGUGUAACAAGGGCGUUUUACUGUCUUUAUUUUUCUUGCAAUUUUGAUAACAAUUUGAGCCCCCAUCGCUCCAAAGAGUCAUUGUUGAUAGUUGUGUAAAAAUAGCCAACGGCAACCCAUAUGAAACGGUGGGUAAUAAUAAUUAUUGUAAACAGAAGGGUUGCCGAAGAGGAUUGGAUAAGAAUGUUUGUAGUGUUGUACACAAACUUAAUUUCUAAGCCAUUUAGAAACUAAAUUUUAUAUUUUUAUAAAUAAUUUGUUUGUGUAUAAUUAUAUGCGGAUUGCAGAGAUAGAGAAUCGUAAAGAAAGAAAAUAAUGUCGCACAAACAUCUGGAUCAAAAUUCAAGUAUUAAUCGGAGGGACUGGGCAAGUUUACUAAUCUAACCAUGAACUUUGGCCCUAGUUCAAUCACCUUGAAUGGCCAUGUGCCUUUCAUUUAAUUUAUAGGCGAGGAUAAAAUCUGGUUAUUUUAUAUUAUUUAUUUUCAUAGAGUUUGUAAUUAAUUUAAAUAAAAUUAAAGUUCAAACAAGAAAGAAAAUCACCUAAUACUCGGUAACUGUGGUGAAAACAAGCUUACUUUAUUAACUUUGACUUUUUAAAAACCAAAACAAAAAAAGCAAAAACAUAACAAAAUAACAGCAGCUAUUUUUAAUCUGAACAAAGCAUAAAAAAUGUGCACAAUUUUAGGGAUAAUUGUACAUUGUAUUAUAAAGGCUCUUAUACAAGAAAUUACUUAUUUGCCUUAAAAAAAAAUACAUGUACAAACAUUUCAUUAUUUUAACCAUGCAACUGGCAUUGUAGUGAUGCACAGAAUAAGUUGAAAGUUUAGUCCCAAAAUUGAACUUUACAACAUCACUGUUGAGCAAUCACUUAAGGCUACUUCAUAGAGGUACAGUGUUUACCCCACAAACCUUGGAUGAGAUUAAAUUUGGACAAUUUGAAAGUUUCCCGCAUAGCACAUGUUUUUCAAGUUCUAAACUCGGUACCUCCCAGAUGUUACAAUUCAUGAGGUUUACCAGAAGAAAAACAAUACUAGUUGGAACAGUUCAUCCGCUUCAGUUCAGGUCUGUUGCAGGUCUAGUUCUCCCAUAUUUUUGUGCAAAAUUAAAAUAAAUUUAAAAUAAAAAACAUAAAAGGAUGGGAUUACAUAAGGGGGAG